AUGAAGGCACUCAAUUUCCUGUCAUGGACGGGAUUAGUCGCUCUGGUCGCAAGUGAGCGUCUCAGCCCGCCACGUGGGCCUCUCUUGAAUAUCUCAGCUCUUCACGUUUCCAGGAGGAACGUGAUUCCAAUCGACUUUGCUGGCUGCAACCCUGCGGACCCCGGCUUCGUCAUCCAUGCCUCAGCAAUCAGCGAUGAAGAGUAUGAAAAGGCGGUAUGUCGAGGCCAGAAACUCUUCCUCGCAAUGACCAGAGACGGCAAUCAAGGCACACGUUACAUCGAUCCCCUCGACAGCAAAUGGGACGACAACCUCGAGAAAGAGGGAUUGACCUGGGCCUGGUCUCUGUGGGUGGACGAGGACUCUUGGUGCGGCUUCCGCUUCUAUGGGAUGACGACUGCGUUCAAAGCCCUCAGCAUCAGCGACAUGUCGGUUGGCGAAGGAGGAGACAAUCAGUGUUUCAGCGCCUACCACUACAACAGUCGGGCCGUUCUCUUUGAUCCAAAAGAUCCCUUCUACCUGGAUGACCCCGAAGGUCGGAUGUUGCCAAUCGAUAAACAAUACUAUCUUGAUCCAUCGGGCAAGAGGCAGCGGUGCACAGCUUCCACGUACACGUUCGGUGUCAAUCCCACGGCGGGCGCACUCUUCUUCGUCUCGCGCAGUAGUCCCUUCGAAACCGCAAAGAUGCUCUGGAAAUACGCCCCAAAAGCCUCUGAGCUACCCGAACUGCGCGCCAGCUCUGACUUCGCAUGGGGCCUCUGGAAUAAGAUACGCGGAAAGGACAACCUCGGUGACAUUCGCAAGAUAUUCAGCCUGUACAUCGCAAACAAAGAAACCCAAUCAAUCAUCGAUAAAGCGAUCGCUAAAAAGAGCAUCAAAGAGCUGAAGAAGUGGCCAGGAACGGAGAUUGAUCCAAAGUCGGAGGAAGGACUAGCGAUUAUCGGUUCCGCGAACGGUCGAGCCGCAGGUUAUUUCCUUGCGCAACACAAGAAACAGUUGGGCAAGGACAAGUACAUCUCCAAGAUCAACGUCUUCCUGACCGAUAAGGAAAACCCGAUGAGUAACAUUCUCUUCUACGUCGACGAUGUGCCUUCGCCGCCGCCGGAGAUGGCGGAGCCUGAAUAUAAGGACAAGGACAAGGACACUGGAUUGGUGGAGUCGAACCUUGUUGGUGGAGAUGGGGAUGGAACAAGUCUCAUAAGACGACACAUGGUCUUUGCAGGCCGCUCAGACUAG